AGCAGAAAAGGCAGCGGCGCAGAUUGGGCACAGUCUGCCUGAAAUUUGCCGCAAAGCGAAGAUAAACGGUACAGAUUUUAAUCGUAUCAUCCGCCGUAGAGGAAUUUAAUCUUAGAACAAUGUAGCGGCCUUUUACUCCGGUUUUACCUAUGUGUUCAUUUAGUUUGUGUCUGUGUUCCGUUUCGUGUAGUCGUAUUUUCUUUUUACAUCACCGCACCCACCAUAUUCAAUUUUGUUGUGGGCUAGGUAGCUAACGGAUGCUAGUAGCUAAUGUUGGUACUGAUGCAGAAUACAUCAGGUCUGCCUUUGUAAUAACAAGGUAUAUUUUGUUAUUUAUCUCUAUCGGAAACUCAUUGUAUGAGCCAAAGCUGAUACGGGGAAGAGCAAGCUGUACUCUCUGUACCAAAACAUCCCUUAGUUUUCAUCGUAGUUAGUAGCAAAAGAUCAAAAACGCUCAGUAACCAUCAUGACAGGUGAGAAGAUCCGCACCACGCGAAAAGACCACAACAAAACAAACAAAAAUGAGGAGAUUAUGGACACGUACGAGGAUGCACCAAUUCCCAACGGUACGAGUAACCAUUUCAAGUCCAACAAGCUCUUUCAGAAAUCAUACAAAGCAUCGGCUCUGCAACAACAGCAGCAACUCAACGAAAACAACAUAAACGGGAACUCGGCAUCGGUGGGAACAGUGGUGAACGAUAAUAACAAGAACCCCAUCAUCUUGACCAGUGAGACUUUGGAGUUCCCUGUCCACGAGUGCGUGUUCAAAGGAGAUGUCCGCCGCCUGUCCUCUCUCAUCAGGAGCCAUAGCAUCCUGCAGAAAGAUGUGCAUGGCAACACACCUCUUCAUCUUGCUGUGAUGCUUGGGCACAAAGAGUGUGCCCUCCUGCUCCUCGCCCACAAUGCACCUGUAAAAGUGAAAAACGCCCAAGGAUGGAGUCCUCUGGCAGAAGCCAUCAGCUAUGGAGACAGACAAAUGAUCACGGCGAUCCUGCGUAAACUGAAGCAGCAGUCCAGAGAGAGCGUGGAGGAUAAAAGGCCAAAAUUACUGAAGGCUCUGCGCGAGCUCGGAGACUUCUACCUGGAGUUGCAUUGGGAUUUCCAGAGCUGGGUGCCUUUGCUGUCCCGAAUGCUGCCUUCAGAUGCUUGUAAAAUUUACAAGCAGGGAACCAAUAUCAGACUGGACACUACUCUCAUAGACUUCAAUGAUAUGAAAUGCCAACGUGGCGAUCUCAGCUUCAUUUUUGAUGGUGAUGCUGCUCCCUCGCGGUCCUUUGUGGUUUUGGACAACGAGGCCAAAGUGUACCAAAGAAUACACCACGAGGAGUCUGAAAUGGAGACCGAGGAGGAGGUGGACAUUCUCAUGAGCAGUGACGUCUACUCUGCCACUUUGUCCACCAAGUCCAUCACGUUUUCUCGCAGUCAGAUCGGAUGGCUCUUCAGGGAGGAUAAAACGGAGCGUGUUGGAAACUUCCUGGCAGAUUUCUACGCAGUGAACGGUCUGGUGCUGGAAUCAAGAAAGCGCCGUGAGCAUCUGAGCGAGGAGGACAUCCUGAGAAACAAAGCCAUCAUGGAGAGUCUGAGCAAAGGAGGCAGCAUCGGGGAGCACAACUUUGAGCCUGUGAAGAGACAGUCCCUCAGCGCUCCGGCUCCAAACACUAUUUCCUGGGAGGAGUACAUCACAGCCGAGCAUGGAAAGCCUCCUCAUCUGGGGAGAGAGCUCGUGUGCAAAGAGAGCAAGAAGAACUUCAAAGCCACGGUGGCCAUGAGCCAGGAUUUCCCUCUGGGCAUCGAGUCGUUACUGAAUGUGUUGGAAGUCAUUGCCCCAUUUAAGCACUUCAACAAACUCCGAGAGUUUGUCCAAAUGAAACUUCCUCCUGGGUUUCCAGUUAAACUUGAUAUUCCAGUCUUCCCCACCAUCACCGCAACCGUCACUUUUCAGGAGUUCCGCUACGACGAAUUCGACGAGUCCAUUUUCUUCAUCCCCCCAGAGUACAAGGAAGACCCCUGUCGCUUCCCCGAUCUUUGACCUGUUUUCUGAACCAGCAAAUACUUCUGCAGCAAAGGGAAAAGCGAACUUCCAUAUCUGUAUUUGUUUCUUAUAUCUCUAUAAUAUCAAUAUAUGUAUGUUUAAAGGGAACGGGGCGCGGCUGCAUUUCAUUUUCGACGGAUCCUAAAGCAAGUCAAUGCAAAAGAGUGCCAUGUGAAUAGUUGUCGUCAAAAAGAGCGCUAGCUUUUCCAUUGUACCUGAAAUCCACAAAGCAGCUGGUGGUCCGUGCUGUGCUGCUGUCCGAGAAUCUGGACUUUUCCACUCUUUCUCUUGUAAUAAUAACUAUAUCAAGUGUAACUAUUGGACUGCUAUGAUAUUUGAACUGUCACUUCGAGAUUGCACUGACACUAUGUAAAUACGUCAUCUCAGCCCAUAGAGCUUAAGAAGAAAACUUUAGAGUGGUAUUGUUUAACGCUAAGAGGUGGUGUGUGGUGUGGGGGUGUAUGGAGGCAUAUUCUGUGAACCUAAGGCAGCUCUGUAUGGCUUUUCUGUAAUGUUGGUGUAAUAGUAGAGCCUACAAACUAUUGAAUUUUGCUGUUAAAACUUGUGAAAUCUUAAAAUUGUAAUGUCUUGUAUUGGUAAAAUUGUAGGGAUUUAAACAGGCACCUGGGGCAGAAUUCUGUGCCUAAAAUGUUCUUGAUAUACCAUUGUCAAAUCCUGGUAAUUUAAACAUUUCCUAUUGAUACUUUGCAGUGGCUGGAGGUGUUCUACAUAUGUCUGUAGCAGAAUGUUUAGCUGUUACCUUGGUCACAGAAUGCAGACAUUGGCAAACACAGUCAAAACAUUUUUAAGAUGAAAUCUCAAGGAAAAAUAGAUUUAAACAACAAAUUUUCAGGAGCCUGUGAUCAAUAUGAGCAUUCAUGGUUGAUUGGGCUAUCUAGUUUGUGACUAAUUUUAUGUGUGAGAGACUUGUUUAACAGUACAAAUCAUCUCAGCUAUUGUAGUCAGAAAGCUAAAACUCAGAUUAAAGUCUUCAGACACAGCAGAGCGUACAGUUAGCAUCACAACCCCAGGGAAUGUUGUUUACAUCAACUGCAAAGUAUCAACAGUGUGUCAGUAGGUCUUUUUCUGGCUGCAGUUCUAAAUCCAGAGAUCAGCCUGUAUCUAAAUGCAUUUAACAUUGUAUCUAAUGACGUAAGAUGAUGUAUGCUACAGUAAUAUGGCUUUAGGAACUGUAUUUUCUUUUAAAAGCAAAAGGCUCACAAUCAUCAUAUGCUCCUUACAGCCCCAAACCCCUCCCCAUUGCUCCACUUUAGUUUAUAAAUGAUGUAUUAUAAAAUUCUAUGGUAUACUCAAUGGAGUAACACUGUGUAGCAAUACAUUUCCAGUACUUCAGAAUGUUUUUACUCCGCUGGGACAAGGAUUAGCAUACACACGUUGCUAAAAGUUGAAAAUCCACGCCUUUCCCAGUGUGGGGUGAACCUCCUGUAUCUUCAGGUUAGCUCAUCUUACCUCUGUGUUGUACAAAUAUGAUGUGAGUGGACAGUACUGUAUACAGCUCUGUUGUGUGUUUGUAAUUGAGAGAACGUCAUUGGGAAUCAGGUAAACUAUAUUUAGUUUAUAACUGCACUGAAAUAAGGCAUGCUACGGCUGUGGAGGCCUAAAGGAUCACACAUGCAUCUUUAAGCUAUAUUAUAUUCUUUGUUUAUAUUAUCUGAAAAUAACUCUAACACUAAUACUUUGAAACACAUUUCUAGUGCUCAUAUAAAGCUCUCCUCUAUGGUAGUUUCUGUGUUUUCAUUUUGUUACUUUUGUAAUCCAGGGAGAGUACAAGCUGUGAAGUUGAAAUUGCUGGAUAUUUAAAAAAAAACAGGGGGAAAAAUAUUGCAAUCCACGUAGUUGUCUCUGGCUUUCUGCAACCAUACCUACUUCACAUCCCUUUAAAUAAAGCACCAGCAUCAUGUUUCAACUCA